UCGUCGAUGCUUCAGUUGCGCGCUUGCCGUUGUCGCGAGUAUACAAUAAGAAGAGAAGGAAGGUAGUUUUCGAUAAUUUUAUCGCAUAACCGUAUUAGUUGCAGUAUUCACAUUUCUUUUUCUUUCUCUCUGUUUAUCUCUCUCUCUCUUUCUCUCUUUCGAAUUUUCAUUAUCGGACAAAAACAACGAGAAGAAAUUCUUCGUGAACAAUUUACGUUCGUCUCGUCGCUUUCCAAUAUUAUAGUGUGAAGCUGGAUGACCAUCGUUGUCGAACGUUACUUGAAAGAGUGGUGAACGAUGAGCCAAGCAGAUCAGGACAAAGAUAAAAGUAUGGACAAAAAGGAAAUCGCGGAGGAGGAGAGGGAAAAGAUGCUGAACGCCGAGAACACAAAACAUACCGGUGCUGCACCUGCACCUGAUUUAGAAUCCGAGGAGAAUAAACCGAAGAAGAAGAUACCAAUCGGCGGUAUCAAAAUGCCAGGAUUUUGUCGUACCAAGAGUAAGGAACCUUGCAAGGAUGAUGAAACCAAACCCACCGAAUCGACGGAUACAGAAACCACAGCUGUUAUGACAAAGGAAAACGAACAAAAUGCGCCUCCUGCUCCUGAGAAACCAACAACACCGGCAAAGGACUCGAAGGAGAAAGAAGGGCGAAAGGGCAUUCUAAAUGCCAUUAGAUUACCGCUGGUUUCCGUAUUUCCUAGAAAGAAGAAUAAGGACGGAGAUGCUGAAUUAGGAACGACUGGUGCCGCUGGUUUAGCUAGUAUUGAAACUCUUGAUGACGGUGGGACAGAAAAAAAUCCUAUCGCUAAUGAGGAUGGCAUGGAAACGGUACGUUUGGACAGCGACGCCGCUGAUGGAGUAGAACCUCCAAAACGUCAUUUCUUUGUAGUCUGCGUGAGUGCUGCAAGGCGAAAUUUAUUUGCGUUGGCUGCUGUAUUGUGUAUUCUACUGUCGGUGAUUAUUAUCAUAUGCGUCGCUUGUGCUGGACCAAGAAGAAAUACCAAUCUAUCUCACAAGAGCGACAAGUACAUAGAAGCGGUGACAUCAUGUGGACCCAUUCAAGGUGUCUUAGAAGACGGUGCAUACGCUUUUCGUGGGAUACCAUACGCUGUGCCACCGGUUGAUAAUCGUCGAUGGCAAACCGCUGAACCACUCAGUAGACUCGAACACUGUUGGAACGGAACUUAUCUGGCUCACAAUGCCUCGGAGAUGUGCUGGCAACGUGAAACUUCCGGUAGAAUCGACGGGGUCGAGGAUUGUCUUUAUCUCGAUGUAUUUACGCCAGACGUACGAUACGAUUCACCGUUACCGGUAGUAGUCAUGAUCGGUGCAGAAACUUUGAGUGGCUCAUCGCCUGGUGUGAUGCAACCAUCGGCAAAACUCGCUCGUGUUCGUGAUAUGAUCUUCGUGAGACCUAACUUUCGAUUGGGAAUUUUCGGAUUCUUAGCGACCGAACCACUUUCUCGAGCUACGCAUCCACCAACGUCCGGUAAUUACGGACUCUCGGACAUCAUAGCCGCUCUACAGUGGGUCCAAUUGAAUAUUCAGUAUUUCGGUGGCAACAAAACUUCCGUAACUCUUUGGGGUCACAGAGCUGGUGGUACUUUAGUCACGACACUCGUAGGAAUACGAAAAACUCGUGGUCUCUUUUCAAAAGUCUGGGUCUCCAGUGGUAGUGCGAUUUUCCCUCGUAAAGAUCUGAAAAAGUCUGAACAACAGAGCGAACAGUUUCUUAAUUCCAUUCGAUGCACGGAUGCGAAUUGCUUGCGUAACAAGGGUGCCGAAGAUCUGAUAGAUGCCGUACCGGAAACUUGGCAUAGUAGCUUUGUUGGGCUGCCGGAAACGAGAGAGACUUUGGCGAGGGAUCGAAUGCACGAGUGGCUUGUUCUAGAUGGUGCUAUCUUACAGGAACAUGUUGGUGAGAUUUGGGUGAGGGAUGAGUUGCCUAUUAAGAUCGUUAUGGGUACCACUGCCCACUCGGGAACUCCGGCACGAUAUCUUUCUUCGAAUGUUACUUUCAACUCCACGCAAAUAGAGAAAAUCGUUCGUGAAUCUCUACUCGGUACUAGCGGAUUAGCAGAUGAAGCACUCAGACGAUACAACUCUACUCUUGAAGGUCUAGUCAGAAUGAUAUCAGACAUACGAGUGGUCUGUCCAUUGGUGACAGUUGCCAGCAUGAAAUCGAACGUUCCAUUCUAUGUAGCUACUCAGCCACGUGGAAACUUGGCAGAUCCUGAUAGUGACGCAGCAGCUAUACUCGGUACUUAUGCUGCAAGAACGUCGGAAGAAAAAAGGCAUGUAUCGGCGAUGCAACAGUUGUUCAAUCAUUAUGUGUGGCACGGAGAAGUGCCUCAAGCUGAUUCGUCAGGUGCGAAUAGAGUUCUGAUUGUUAGUCAGGAUAUUUUACCGCAACACGAUUAUCCAAAUUGCGACUUUUGGAUACAAAAGGAUAUCGUUCCCUUGUAUGGGCGAGUCGAUUAAAUUCCAUUGUUGUCCUGAUCUCUGUAUAAGGUCCCAUUUAUUUAAGAAUCUUCCUUGGAAACACACGUUAUCCGUUGAAUUUCCACGAAUGAAAGAUUCUUUUCAUGAGGUUAUAUACUUUGGCAUUUAAAUAGAUGACUAAUUAACGUUCUAUGAGAUACGGAAUAUUACAAAAAAAAAAAAAAAAAGAAAAAUAUCGUGCCUCAGUAACAUGACGAGCAACAGUACCUAUCAGGGCUGGCGAUUAAAUAAACCAAAACGGUGAAAUCAAAAAACAAUGAAAAAUAUAAAUGAGGACGACAUGAACGACUUAAAUGAUACAAUAUGAAGUAUGUAAUUUUAAUAUAAAAUGUGUGGAUCCAUAUGGCACGUGGAUUCUUAUGUACGUGUAUAAAUGUGAAUCAAAUUGUAAUAUAUUACGAGAAGACGGAAAAAGGAGAGUAAUGAAAACAAACAAAUCGCGCAUAGCUUAAGAACAAAAAAGAGUAAAUAUCUACAGUUCAUAAUUAUUAUACAUAUUCUAUAUUCUUGUAAGCUGUCCUCAAAUGGGUACGGAAAAGAUAGCAAGAAUUAUGAAAAAAUUCAUUAUUAUUAUUAUCAAAUAAUUCAUGUUCUACAGCCUAUUGGUACACAUGCACUUUACACUUCACCUUCCUUUUUUAUUUAAUUACAUCCCAUUUUUAAUAUUCCUCUUUGUACUCACACUCAGUUAAAAAGUCUCAAAAAUAUAAGUUUGAGAAUGUUGCUUGUUAUCAAUAGUCAAUCAACAUUUUCACACUUUUACAUAAAAACAAUGUUGCACAAUUGCACAAAAGUCUACUCCUAAAUAUAUUGCAAAAAAAAAAAUACUGAUUCAGCAAACACAAAAUAUUGUAGUGAUGCAAUAAGUAUGAGAAAGCAUUUGUCAUUGCAUUUCUAAAGAAAAAGUUACUAAUCUUAUUAUAAAUAUGUUAUAAUAAGUUUAUAACUGCUUUAUUGCUUGUAUAGUGUUUGCUAGUCAGUAUGAAUGUUAAUGCUUUGGGAAGUGUAGUACAUAUCCAUUUCAUAAAACUUAUUGGAUCGUUUCUACGGGCAUAUUUUUCAGGUAUAACUUUUUUACUCCACUUUUUGUAAGACAACUUUUUUAUUAUUAAUAUUGGUUUAGAAGUAAUGUAGUUAGGAAGCAACAUCCUUUCAAUAGGAUGCUUGUAGACUGACUUAAUAUACCUAUACAGUAUUUACAAACCCUUGUAAGGGAACUGAAGACUCUUUGUCUUAUUUAGACUGAAGCUGCCAAAUUUGAUAUUCUCUUAAUAAACAAUAAAAAUUUUCUGGA